ACACUCACACACACACACACACCUGGUCGGCUCUUGCUGAAGCAGCAGUUUGCUCGAGGGGGAGCGUAGAAGGUCUGCUGGAUCUGGUCUCACAGAGGAGGACAUGGAGGAGAAGGCCGGGGAGUACUUGGUGCAGAGGAGAGUUCUGGAUGAGGUGCGUCUGGAGGAAGUGGCCCAGAAGGGGACGUGGUCCACGAAACCGACGGCGGGGGAACGGGUGAAGGAGUCUUUGAGGUGUUCGGGGCCCCGGCUGAAGCAGACGGCGCAGAGCUGGAUCCCGGUUCUCGGCUGGCUGCCUCGCUACUCCUUCAGAGACAACGCCAUCGGAGACCUGAUCUCCGGCUGCAGCGUGGGCAUCAUGCACCUGCCGCAGGGCAUGGCCUACGCCCUCCUGGCCUCCUUGGGCCCGGUGUACGGCCUCUACACCUCCCUCUACCCGGUGCUGAUCUACUUCAUCUUCGGUACCUCCAGGCACAUCUCCAUUGGUACCUUCGCCGUGAUCAGCAUCAUGGUGGGCAGCGUGACGGAGCGGCUGGGUCCGGACGCCAACUUCCCGAUGAACGGCACCAACGCGACGGGGAACGUGGACCUGGACGCGCGGGACAGGUUCAGGGUUCAGGUCGCCUGCUCCCUCACCGUGCUGGCGGGACUCUUUCAGAUCCUGUUGGGCGUGGUGCGGUUCGGCUUCGUGGUCACCUACCUGUCCGAGCCGCUGGUUCGAGGCUACACCACGGGGUCGGCGUGUCACGUGUGCGUGUCCCAGCUCAAGUACCUGUUCGGGGUCACGCCGAAACGCUUCACCGGCCCGCUCUCCCUCAUCUAUACUCUGGUGGAUAUCUGCCGCCUGCUGCCGCAGACCAAGGUCCCGGAGCUGGUGGUCAGCCUGGUCGCUUUGUCUGUUCUCAUCGUGGUCAAAGAGAUCAACGCCUGCUACAGGCAGAAGCUGCCUCUUCCCAUCCCCAUAGAGAUCAUAGUGAUCGUAGCAGCAACAGUCAUCACGCACUUCGGAGGACUGACGAGUAAAUACAACAUCGAUGUGGUUGGAGAGAUUCCCAGUGGGCUAAAAGCCCCCAAAGCUCCAGAUACCGGGUUGUUCCUGGAGGUGAUCGGCGAUGCUUUCGCCGUGGCCAUCGUGGGCUACGCCAUCAACAUCUCUCUGGGCAAAACAUUCGCUCUCAAACACGGCUACAAGGUGGACAGCAACCAGGAGCUGGUGGCUUUGGGUCUCAGUAACGCCAUCGGCGGAUUCUUUCAGUGUUACUCCGUCACGGCGUCUUUGUCCCGCAGCCUCGUCCAGGAGAGCACAGGCGGCAAGACGCAGGUUGCCGGGUUGAUCUCGUCCGUCAUCGUGCUCGUCACCAUUUUGAAAAUAGGCUCUCUCUUCUCAGAUCUCCCCAAGGCCGUCUUAUCCACAAUAGUGUUUGUGAAUUUGAAAGGAAUGUUCAAGCAGUUCACGGACGUGCCUCUGCUGUGGAAGACCAACAAGGUGGAUCUGGUACGACUGCAUCCGACCGUCCGACGAGUGCCGACAAACCGCAGUCACACAAACAGCAAGUUACGCCCCCAUAGAGCUCAGUGACGGCGCGUCUGUCUUUACAGCAGAAAGCAGCACGUUUACAUCCCGGUACGAAGACGCGGUUUAGUCCCCAAAGCUAAUUUCGUUGCUCAAAACAACCGCACGAGGGUCGAAUGUUCAUGUUAACAACAGAGAAUUGUGACGUCUCAGAGCCGACGUCCACGGUGACUGAAAGUAAAGAACAUCUGCUCGUGACUGUGUGAACCUGGUUGAACUUUGACCCCCCCCCCCCCCUCCUCCCGCUGGGG